AUGGCAGAUGGCAAAGAACUGGAUCCACAAAAAAUUAGUGAACUUAAACUUUCCGAACCAAGCAAAAGUAGUGAAUCCGAACUUGCAAGACUAAUUGAAGAAAGGGAAAGUAUGCAGCAAAGUUUAUUGACGACUGGAAGCACAUCCCGUGGUACGAAUUCAUCGACAAGAUACACCAGUCGAAGCAUAUGCACUGAACCACAAAGUAUAAUGGAAUCUAACCACGAUUCAAUUGAACACCUAAGACUUAGAUGA